AUGUUUUCAGUGAGAGACGGUCUGCCAGUGGAAAUUGUAUGCCACAUUGUGAGAAGCCUAGACCCUUUCGACGCGCUCAGAUUUUCAUACACGAGUAGAAGGUUGUACCGUGUUAUUCGAGGCUUUGACGCGUACUGGCAGUGCUACCGUUUCCGAGGGGCGGAGGACUUCAUUACAAAGCGCCAGCAAGGAGCUGUUGGCCUCAUCCGACACAUGGUGGCAUAUCCUGGCCCUAACAUUGACGUUGCCGCCUUCGAGUCUAUCCUGCGUGUACUUGAGUCGGAGUCCAUCUGGUGUAUUGAUGAGUACAAAGAUGCGAUUCGUCGGGCUCAAGGCCUGGGCUUUUCUUCAACGGUAUGGCUCCAUAGUCGCCGAGUCAUCUCACAAUCGAUCUCGUUGUCCAUCGCCGUUGGAGCGUUUGAGUGUGCGGGUGAAGGGAUGCAACUCCUUGAUGAAAUUGGUUCCCUCGUUAGUCAGCCUAUGGAGUACCAGCAGUGGUUGUCUCCCAUCCAAGAGACACUCUCCCAUGCGGCACAUGCUGGGGCAUAUCGGCUUUUUGCCCAAGGAAUGGUUUUCCUAGAAGACAUCGUUGUGCGGAUGGAGUUGAAAGUUGAUUACGGACAGUGGGUCCAGCCUCUAUCCCAUUCUUCGACUCGGUGGGCCUCACUGGGGGAAUGGAAUAAGUUCCAGCAAACGACUAGUUUGCUUGAGUAUAUUGCCCGUCGAGCUGGGCGCCGAAUUGACUAUACGAAAUGGAUGCAGCCCAUCGGGAAGGCUAUUUCGCGAUCAACACUUAUCGGCGCCUGGGAGUCUGUAGAAAUGGGCCGUCAAAUUUUACGCCAUGUGUCCUUGAAAGCGGAGGGGAACAAGGCAGCUCCGUCUAACAACAUUACAGACGGACGAGUCGGUGUGUGUUCUACGUCAGCGGCGUAG